CAUUUCAUCAGACCAUCUAUAUUUAAAGUGAACUACACUGAGUUCUUUCCUAUAAUGUCUACUUCAAAUAAUGCUGCUUUACACUUGUAGAGCCAAAUAAGGAAAUAGAACAGAAUCUCACAGGAGUUUCUUUCCCUUUUAUUUCUAUAGCUCAGAGACUUGCUGUAACAAAAGCCUUUCUUUCUAUCAAACCCGUUUAACAUAUUAAACCAACCAAACUAUCUCCUAAAGAAAGCAGGAACAUUUUUUUAUGUGUGCCUUGCUCCAGCAGUGGCUCUUGAGGACAUUUCUGCAUUUAUCAGUGUACUAAAUGAGCUAUUUUGGACAGCUUCUGUUCUGAUUUGUUGUGCCCUUUUUUUUAUUCCCCCCCCCCCCCCCCGCCUUCUUCCCCUUUUAAUUUGUCUAGGAAAAAAAAAGCAGCUCCUCCAGUGUUGUUUCCUGCAAAGACCAUUUGUCAGAGCUCGUUGGACAGCGCAGGGCUCUUGAAGUGAUAGCUAAUUGGUGAAAGAAAGGCCCUGAUUGUCUUGAGGGAGCUGGAAAGUGCUGCGUGUGCUGCUGAAAGGGACUACGGAGAAGGUGCCUGGUUUUGCCAAGCAGCUGCUGCUGGAGAUGUUUGGAGAUUACAUCAGCACUGGAAAAAAGGGGCAAAAAAAAAAAAAGGAGAAGAGAGAAGUCCAACUUCACAGAGACUGAGUUUAUGGAGGAUUUUUUUCCCCCUUCCAAAGGUCUUCUGACAAUACUGUCAUUGUCAAUAUAAGAGUUGUUAAUUCUUUAUGAAUAGCACAUGGGGCCUCUUGACUAAAUAGUACGUUACAUGUCCCAAAUCUGUCAGCUGGACUCUUCUCUCACAUGCUAGUGAGAUCACUUUGGUUGGAAUGCUACAGGAAUUGCUGGGCUGGCCGCGCAACUGAAUACUGCAUUUAUGUAAUUAGACCUCCCAGAUUUUUUUUAUUUUUCAUUACCUCAUUAUUCUAGUUUAAAUAUGGAAUCAGCCCUUUUGAUGAUUUUACUUGUUGUCAUUAUAUUAAUACGGUUCAUUUUGUGGUCCUGUCUUAGUGCUUACAUAGAUUAUAAACUGUCCCAAAGGUUUCCUGACACAAGAAAAGAGGACUAAGAGACAUGGGAUUUCAAUUGACAAUGGGGGGAACUGGAUAAGGUAAAUAGAGCUGCAGCAGAUUUUACCUUGGGAUCUGAUGAGAAAUGACCUGUUGAGGCUGCAACAGAAGUGAAAAUUCUUCAGAAAGCCUCAUGCUGGCAGAGGGGAGAAAAACAACAACUGAUUGAGUCAAAUAACUUCCUGUCAAACUCAGGCAUGAAUUUGUUGUUGGGAACAGACUUGUGGACUUGUGCCAAGUAAAUGCUCUGGACAAGCUGGAAGGAAUCCUAUUACUGGGCAGCCCAAGACUGCCAGUGACCUAGUCUUGAUCUGUGGCACGUGAUGGCGUGCUGCCUGCUGGACUGACUGCUUGCCUGUACGUUGUCAGCUGCACAGCCUGCCUGAAUGCAACAACUGACAGCUCCUGAAGGAAGCUGAAGAUCACUGGCCAAACUCAGUCCCAAGUGCCACUGUGUGGACUUGCAGGAGUGAGUUUUUACCUGACUGCUGGUUCGUUAAAAUUGUGGUUCCUCCUGGUCAGUUGGAUCUGAAGGUGACUGAAUGUUUUGAACUGAGUCUGACUUGCUGAAUAUUCAUGUUUCUUAGCAAGCCUUAUAACUGAAUGCCAGAAGGAGCUGGAUACCACUGGAAUAGUCUCUUUCAUGUAAAACUUAUCUGUGCCGCAGAGAUUGUCUGACUCUAGCUGUGCCUCAGUAGCAAGGAGGGCACAUGACAGCAUGGCAUGCAGUGAGUUUUGACUCGAAAGUCUUGCAAGGUACCUUCAUUUCUAGCCUUUAAUAAGGAACUAAGACACCAAAGGAUUUGGCUGCUUUCCCAGGGCCAUAAUGACUUAAGAUAUUUUGGUUAGCUUGUCUUGCAAAAUGAAAGUUCCAAGUGAACUGUCUGCUUUCAAACAGAUGUUAUACUAAGACAAGCAUCCGAAAAUCUUCCUAUAUACACAGCUGAAUUUAACAUUAGCUUUUAAGAACUGUAUUUUUCUACAGUAAAAGUAGGAAAUCUGUAUUGCCUUGCAUGAGAGAUGCAGUGUUCUUGUCCCAGUCACCUUUAAAACAUAUUUUAAAAAAUAG